AUGGCCCCAAAAUCGAAACAGUUCAAGCACACGACAGGCGAGAGACGUUCGUCGCUGAUCGUGUCGAAUGGCAUCAACAAAGGUGGAAUUUUCGGCGCCGUGGAGUACUCCAUGCCGGGGGAAGUGGCUGUGGAGGAUUGGGACGAGAACAUCGAGACAGCUGAGGCCGGAUCUGCUCGCCAAGAGCAGGAUGCGUUGCUUGGCUCGAACCGGUCGCCUUCCGCAGCAUCGCAACUGAAAAUUGACAGCCACAUCGACCUCCAGGGCUCGUACGGCGCCACCGGCGGUGAAUCUCCAAAAUCGUACCCGCGCGACCUUUUGGAAGAAGAGCGCGACCUGCUGGUCGACAACAAACUCAUCGCAAACGACCGGCAGCACGCAGACGUGCCAGCAGAGCAGCGGGACAAGCAGAUUCGCGAAACGUGGGAAGCGGCCAUUGAAUCCGGAAAGAUCAUCUCGACGACCCCGCGUCGGGAGUGCCAGGUGCUGCUCAAAAACGCUCUGCCUCUCGUGUUCACGUUUGUCAUGCAAAACUCGCUGUCACUGGCGUCGGUGUUCACCACAUCGCGUCUGGGCAUCAACGAGCUCGGUGGAAUCACUCUCGGGUCCAUGUCGGCCAAUAUUACCGGCUUCGCAGCCAUCCAGGGUCUUUGCACCUGUCUCGACACACUUUGUUCUCAGGCACACGGUGCAGGAAACAAGCAAUUGGUGGGCAUUUUGCUGCAGAGAUGUGCUAUCAUUACCCUCAUUUUUUUUACUCCUAUACUGUGCGUGUGGUGGUUUUGGUCCGAAGCUGUUCUCGCAGCCGUGAUCCCCGAGCGCGAGCUUUGCAGAUUGGCUGCUAAUUAUCUGAAAGUCGUAGCCGUCGGUGUCCCCGGAUUCGUGUUCUUCGAAUGUGGCAAAAGAUUUUUGCAAUGCCAAGGCAUUUUCCAUGCAUCCACGCUUGUUCUCCUAUUUUGCGCUCCCUUCAAUGCCGUGAUGAACUACGUUUUGGUCCUGGAUAAACGCUUGGGUAUUGGGUAUAUUGGUGCUCCUAUCAGCGUUGCACUCAAUUAUUGGCUCAUGGCCUUUGGUCUGCUUUUCUACACCGUUUUCACCAAGCACAAGUCAAAUCCUCGUAAAUGCUGGGGCGGCCUUAUCAAGCCCAAUCAAGUCUUCCGCAACUGGCGUAAGAUGUUCAGCUUAGCUCUCCCUGGCGUCGUUAUGGUCGAAGCUGAGUUUUUAGGAUUUGAACUUUUGACAAUAUUUGCAUCGCAUUUGGGCACAAGCGAACUUGGCGCUCAGUCUAUCGUCUCAACAGUUGCAUCAUUAGCAUACCAAAUUCCAUUUUCCUUCUCCAUUUCUACCAGCACUCGUGUUGCCAACUUUAUUGGAGCUUCCCUUUAUCAAAAUUGCAUCGUCACUUGCAAAGUGUCACUUAUCCUGUCUUUUGCCAUUAGUUUGCUGAAUAUGACCACCAUUUACUCGUUCAGGGUUCAAAUUGCCAAUGCCUUUUCGAAAGAUCCUGAAGUAGUGUCUUUGGUGGUCAGCGUUCUGCCCCUACUUGCAUUCAUGCAAAUAUUCGACGCAUUCAAUGCCAGUACAUCCGGAUGCUUGAGAGGCCAAGGUCAGCAAAAAAUCGGAGGUUACAUCAAUGUCCUUGCCUUCUACUGCAUCGGUAUUCCUAUGUCAUAUUUUUUGACCUUCAACUGCAAGCUGGGAAUGGCAGGUCUGUGGUAUGGUAUCACUAGUGCAUUAAUCUUCAUGAGCAUUUUCCAAAGCUACGCUGUCUUCUCGUGCGACUGGAAAAAGAUCAUCAAAGCUGCGAAAAGUCGUACUUCAGAGCAGGACAGAGUUUAG